GAUCCAAACCCCUCCUUUAAUAGAGCAGGAAAUUGAGACGCAAGAAGCUUCAUGACUUGGCCAAGGUCACAGAGCAGGACCCAGGAUUGAAGGCCCGGACAUUGAAAUGAAGGUAUCUUGCAUUCCAGCAAGACAUGGCAGAAAGGCAGACCACCCUCUGAGACUUGGGCUGCCACCUAAUUCUCCUGAAGGGCAGUUCUCACCUUACCCCUUUUGCUCUUGUUUUUCCCCUCUAGCCCAUGGUGGGCGGGAGAAAGCAGCCUCGAGGCUCCCACUGGAUCAGGAGGCUGCUCCAGUCUCAGGCCCAGGUCUGGAUGUAGAGUCCUCUAACUGGAAGGCUUAGAGGCAGAGGAGUGAAGCAAACUUGGGGAGAGUUUAAGGCAAACUCGAGAUGGGUCGUCGCUCUCUGCUGCCUAACUAUGGGUCUCUCUGCCUUAGAAGAAUUGGAAGUGGAACCAAGCAAGGCAGAGUUGAAGGGCAGUGGAAUAUGGAGAGGAGUGUGCAGCCAGAGUUCUACAGGUGGGGCCCGUCUCCGUGCUCCCACUGAGCAGUCUCUCCAGAGAGACUGCCUUGGGUUGCUCUGUCUCUCCCUGGUCAUCUGGACAAGAUGAGUCUGGGGACCCGCCCGGACCCGCCCUGCCAUAGGCCGCAGCGCCACCUGGCGGCCAUAAUGCCGCGGUGCAAGAGGCGCUCUCGGCCAAGGGGGGUGGGGUGCUGCACUAGCCCAUUUGAGCUGGAUGCGUCUGGAAAGACUUCAACCGAGUUUUCCCGAGAGGGCGGGCGAGAGGACUCGGGGCGGGAGGAUGAUCCCGCGGGCACCGGGGAGGGCCUUGGGGAGGAGCCUGCCCUAGGGCAGCCGGACUUUCGUGACAAAGCAGACACAGAAAGACAAAGUCCAUUUGGAUAAGAAAUUGUACCAUAGUGAGAGGGGCCAUUUUGAUCUGGUGAAAGGAAAUAAAUGCCUUGUCUGACGCGGUCUGGAGCGGGGACACUCAGGGUCUAAGGAUGACUCUGCAGCCAUGAAGGUUGCGAUUCUCACAGCAGACUCCAAGAUUUCUGCACUUGAGCAAUGCUGGGUACUACUGGACUUGUUCUGAAACCCUUCCGCUAGAGGAUGGCCAAGGGGCUCCUUGUUACCUAUGCCCUCUGGGCUAUAGGGGGCCCUGCUGGGCUCCACCACCUGUACCUGGGAAGGGACAGCCAUGCCCUACUCUGGAUGCUUACCCUGGGUGGGGGUGGGGUGGGGUGGCUCUGGGAGUUCUGGAAGCUCCCCAGCUUUGUAGCUCAGGCCAACAGAGCCCAGGGGCUGAGGCAGAGCCCAGGAAGGGCCAUGCCCCCUUUGAGUCCCAUUCGAUUUGCUGCCCAGAUGAUAGUAGGCAUCUACUUUGGCCUUGUGGCUCUGAUUAGCCUUUCUUCUAUGGCCAACUUCUACACUGUGGCCCUUCCAUUGGCAGUUGGCUUAGGGGUCUUGCUGGUAGCUACUGUUGGCAGUCAGACCUCAGACUUUAAGAACACUCUAGGGGUGGCAUUCCUUACUUCCCCUAUCUUCUAUGGUCGCCCCAUAGCCAUCCUACCUAUCAGCUUGGCCGCCAGUAUCACAGCCCAGAAGCAUCGCCGCUACAAAGCUUCAGUGAAGUCAGAGACACUCAGUGUGCGGCUCUACCGGCUGGGCUUGGCUUACCUUGCUUUCACGGGCCCACUGGUAUACAGCACCCUCUGCAACACAGCUGCCACCAUCAGCUAUAUAGCAGAAACUAUUGGCUCCUUCUUGAGUUGGUUCAGCUUCUUCCCCCUUCUUGGCCGCUUCAUGGAAUCUGUCCUCCUUCUACCUUACCGGAUCUGGAGGCUACUGGUGGGGGAUCCUGGCUUCAGCAGCAUCUAUUUCCAAGAGUGGGAGAAACUCUAUGAGUUUGUUCACAGUUUUCAGGAUGAAAAACGUCACCUGGCUUAUCAGGUUUUGGGUCUCCCAGAGGGGGCAACAAAUGAAGAAAUACAUCAGAGUUACCAGGAGCUGGUGAAGGUCUGGCACCCUGACCACAACUUGCACCAGACAGAGGAAGCACAGAGGCACUUCCUGGAGAUCCAGGCCGCAUAUGAAGUCCUGAGUCAGCCCAGAAAACCCAAGGGAUCCUGAAGAAAGAAAUCCCCUACACAAGAGAAGAAGGUGAAGAUGGCAGCAACUGGGGCAGGAGUCUUGAGAGUCUGGUGGCUGCAAAUGGCAGUCUGGAACAUGGUACCAUGGGUACAUGGACAGCCUCCUACAUUACCAAGGACAUGCUCCCUGGGUCCUAUCCUAAGACCCUAGAGGAAUGGGCCACUGCUACUAUGCAUGUGGAAGACUAUGAGCUUUGACUUGCAUGAUGGCAUGGGACCUGGUGACUGCCAGGUCUUGCUCACAGCAGAGGGAUCCAGGUAUGACUAAGAUCGCUCAUACCUGAUGUUGAACUGGGGUAAAACUGAUGUUCUGGGGCCUAUGCUUGAGUAUCAGGCAUGUCUCUCACACCUGUUUCUUGGACUAUCACAUACAAGCAGCUCUUUGGCUUCAUGACCUUUAUAAUGUGGGACCAAAGGAAUAUCCUUAUAAUAAUCUAUACCUAGAAUCAGGUUCUGAUCUUACCAAAGAACCUGACCUGGUGGUUAACUGGGAGAUCUAAGGAGGUUUUGCUGGCUUUUAUGCCCUCUUAACUGAGACUCUGUCAUUCCUAGAAAUUUAACCUUAAUGGAAAUUCUGAUAAAACUUAGUGCUGUAGAAAAAAAGAGAAAGAAACCCCAUACUCACUGGCAAUCACUCUCCAUUCCCUCCUCUUUCCAGACUCUGGAAACAUUAACCUACUUUCUGUCUCUAUAGGUUUGACUAUCC